AUGACGGAAGAAUAUCCGAGUCGUGAGUCGUACCAUUCAAAAGGCUAUUCUAUAUCACUGCUGCGACAUCAUGCGGAUGCUCUCUUUGCUUACAUGCAGCAACUGAAAGCGGUAAGGUUUGUUGAGUUUUGGUGGCUUUCUGAUGAUCGUUUGACUAAUCACUUCCUCGAUGUUGUUGUAAAAUGUGACGGAACUUUUAUUACUUCUGCUCAUCGUCUCAUGCUUGCUGCGUACAGCAGUCAUUUUGAGGCCGCACUGGCUGCAGUUCAGCCAUCGAAAAGUAUAACACUGGACAUCGAUCCUAAAAUAACAGGUGGUUAUCGGGUUCAUUGUGAAGACAUUUUUUGCAAUUUUUCUUCAACUUAUUGUCAGUUGAGUGAAGAACCACGAUUGGUAGCUGUUCAAAAAAGCGUGCAAGCCGAAGAGUUGCGUGAAAUAGUUAGCUUUAUGUAUACAGGUCGUAUACGUGGUAAUAUGAGGGUUGAAAGUGCCCAAGCUUUAGGCUGCAGUUCUUUAGUGUCUCUUUUGGAGAAUCAACGCUUUAGUGUGCAGCCAAAUGUCGUUUUUGAGGAUAGAUUACAUUCACAGCGACUCCUACAGGCUCUUUUUCGAUACAAGUCUGAAAAUAGGUUUUUGGAUUGCAUUGUCAACUGUCAGGCGCUGCUAGUAUUGGACGGUAUUCCUGUUUUGAAAUGUCAUCGGAUUUUGCUUGCUGCCUACAGUUUGAACUUCGAAAGUAUUCUUAUGACUACUGAAAAAUGUGCUUCCGUAACGAUUGAUGUAGACACACAAGUUACAGGGGUUAGCAGUGCGGACUUACGAAGUUUAGUGGAUUUCAUGUAUACUGGGUUUGUUCGCACUCCGGUUAGACGAUAUCGUUUAUUACGUCAAGCUGCAACAACUCUUGGUGUUGGACGUCUGGUCGAGACAAUUGACGAUGAACUUACAUUUAAUGCGGAACAGUGCCCUUCCUCUUCAUAUAACUCACAGGGAAACAAUUUGCCACAAGAAAAUUACGAAGUGGAAGAACCUGCGCACAGGACUUUUACAGCUGUUGAUGAUUAUUCAGACAUUUAUGAAGAAUAUGUUUCUGGCCCUCGUAGGGGGAGAAAAGGCGGUACUUAUGGUAGGAAGCAGGAAAGCAUUACUAUAAGAGGUUUGGUUGGACCUGACAGUAGCAACUUAACUUAUCUCGAACCUGCAAACGUUGGAAAUGAUUCUGUUCCCGCCGUAGCUAUAUCUUUUACGCCCGCAACAAAGCGAAGAAAAAUAAUGGAUAGUUUUGGAUACGGCUUACCAGAAAUUAUUAGACCUCACGACGUUACAGUUCCUCUGCUGGUUGGGGAUCAGCGAGUAAUGGUAAUGAUGGAAAAGCCAUUCAAGUGCCCAUAUUGUGAUCAUCGUACGAAAGAGAAAAGUGCUGUGGAGAAGCAUAUUAGGUGUAUACAUACCCUAGAGGCUCCUUAUAAAUGUCAUAUUUGCACCCAGGCUUUUAAAGUGCAAAGUAAUCUUGUACGACACAUUCGGGCGCACACUGGAGAGAAACCGUAUGCGUGCAAAAAAUGUGGUACAGCAUAUGCUGAUAAGAAGAAUAUGGAUGCUCAUGUAUUUCGAGAACAUCUUAAAAUGAAGCCACUAGAAUGUCCUGAACCGAACUGUGCUGCGAAGUUUUGGAGGCAUGAUCGUUUUGCGCACCACUGCAGAAAGAUACACGGUUUUGAUCCAAUCGUAAGGGAGAAGACUCCGUAG